AUGUCUCGACAGUAUCGUCCACACAAACUUUACCAUAGUAUUUCGAACAAGCGUGCCCGAAACAACUGGAGGCAUCAGCGCAAAUAUGCCGCUCGCAGUUCUAUGGCCCGAGCGAGCAAGUCCCAACUUCUCUUACGCACUCUUCGUCGACGAAUCGUGAGACGGAGUCUCCGAUCUGAGGGUCCAGCACGUCUACCUUUGUUCGUCAGCUUGCCUCCCGACAAUGCUCCACUCCCAAUCGCUAUACCUCAACUUAUGUUCCCCUUGUCUCACCCCGAGACGGAUUCCGGCUACUGCUCAGAUUUGUCGCGGUCACCAUCGCCAUCACCCUUUUCACUACCCGCCACGAUGCAAUCCUCCCGACGAUACAUCCUUCCUGAUCCCUAUAUCAGUUCCCCAUUCGACCUAUAUGCUGCGCAAGAAGUCUGUGUUCGACUAUCUUCAUAUGCUACCUCGCUUCGCAUACCCCCUGUUCAUUUCCAGUCAGUGGUCGUACCCGCUUGA